GGUGGCGCGGCGGGCAGCUCAGAGCGUGCGGCGAGACGGAGCCCUCCUCUUCAUCCUCCUCCUCCUACUCCUCACCCUCUGCUGCCGCCGCCCCGGCAGCAGCGCAGCGGAGCAGGGCGCACUCCCCCAGCACCGCUCCGCUCCGCGCCCGCCCAGCCAGACCCACCGACGGAAUCGCGGCUCCGUGGCGGCCAUGGAGCACCGCGGCGCAUCCCCGCUCCUCCUCGCCCUCGCCCUCCUCAGCGCCCUCUGCUGGCGGGCGCGGGCGCUGCCCCCGCGGGGUGCCGCCUUCCCUCCCGUCCCGCGAUUGGGAAACAGAAUGGCAUUUGAUGGAGCCAGUGAACCUGACCAUGCCCGUGGGUCAUUAAAGUCAGAAUCAGAUAUUUUGCAGAACACACUACCUGAAAAUGAGAAAUUCUAUUUUGAUCUGUCCAGAAUUAUUGAUAGAAAUGCAAGGCAUGCUGAUGGAAUUUUCACCAGUGUCUACAGCCAUCUUUUGGCUAAACUUGCUGUGAAGAGAUAUCUGCAUUCGCUUAUUAGAAAACGAGUUAGCUCCCAGGACAGUCCUGUCAAACGCCACUCUGACGCUGUCUUCACUGACAACUACAGCCGCUUUCGAAAGCAGAUGGCUGUGAAGAAAUACUUAAAUUCAGUUUUAACUGGAAAAAGAAGCCAGGAAGAACUAAAUCCUGCUAAACUUCGAGAUGAAGCAGAACUUCUUGAACCAUCUUUUUCAGAAAACUACGAUUCUGUAGAUGAGCUGCUGAGCCACCUCCCACUGGACCUCUGAAGGACACCUGAUAAAGACUAUGACAAGAACAAGCUAUUUUUGAGUUCCACAUAGUAUUUCAAAGAGAUGACUUUAGUCAUCAAACCAGAACAAAUAUGUUGUGAAGUGAAAGUUGUGAUAUAUUUGUUUCUUACGUAAUAAAGUUGAUAUUUACAUUGUAAAUAUUACUCUAGCAUUCUCUACUGAAAGCUGUACAUAUGGAUGCCAGUUUAACUCAUAAGAAGUCUGUGAGUCCAUAUGCUGUGAAUCCUUUACUUCAAUAAAUUCAUUUGAAAAUGAGUGUGCAGCUGAAAA